UUUCAUGAUAUUUAGCGACCACAAACUUGUUGUUAUGAUGAAUAUUAAGUUUAAGGAAGCUGCAGUCUUAAAGAUUUUAAAUGCGUAUUGCAUUGCUUUCUGAUACAUAAAACUCCGCGUUCGUGUGUAAUGUGUGCGCGCUUUUGACCGCCUUCAGUCCUUACACCGCCCACUUUUACAUCCUCGGCAACGCGCACGCUAAUGCGCGAACGGGCACGGAGAGAGCUGCUGCAGCCGCCUGUGUGUGCAUUUUGGAGAUGCGAUCGUAAUAAAUAGCAUUGACUAAGGUAGAUACCGAAUACACUAAUACAGCCCACCGAGACCGAGAAAAAAAAAGGUUGCCCAGGAAAUAAAACAUGGCAGAGCAGCAGAGGCAGCGAUCCCUGUCCACAUCUGGGGAGACUCUCUAUCACGUCCUUGGCAUCGACAAAAAUGCCACACCAGACGACAUCAAGAAAUCUUACAGGAAACUUGCACUGAAGUAUCACCCUGACAAGAAUCCAGACAACCCAGAAGCUGCGGAAAAGUUUAAAGAGAUCAACAACGCCCAUGCGAUCCUGAACGACCCCACAAAGCGCAACAUCUACGACAAGUACGGCUCUCUGGGGCUGUACGUGGCAGAGCAGUUUGGGGAGGAGAAUGUCAAUACGUACUUCGUGCUGUCCAGCUGGUGGGCAAAGGCCCUGUUCGUGUUCUGCGGCCUGAUAACAGGCUGCUACUUCUGCUGCUGCCUUUGCUGCUGCUGUAACUGCUGCUGUGGGAAGUGUAAACCCAAACCUCCCGAGGGCGAGGAGCACGAGUUCUACGUCUCCCCGGAAGACCUGGAAGCACAGCUACAGUCUGACGAGAGAGAGGGAGAGGCCCCAAUUGUGAUGCAGCCAUCCUCAGCCACAGAAACCACUCAGCUGACAGCCGACAGCCACCCUAGCUACCACACCGACACAGGAUUUAACUAGAUCUCCCUGCCAGGGCCUGUAAAUUCAGAGUUUUAACAAGGAAACAAGGGGUCAGUUCAACACUGGAAAGAGAACGUCAAGGGAGAGAUGGGGAGAAUGAACUUUCACAGACAUGUUCUGCCAUGGCAGCAACAGACAUCAGAAUUCAUUACAAAUUAUUUUUUUGCCUCCGAUCUCCACUACUCACAAUCCUAUCCACCUCAUGUGAAGUUCUGUAGCAUGCACUAUUUAAUGCAGUUUAGGUAGGUUUUUCAUUUUAUGUCUUGUCCUAGACGUGUAUAUAUCUAUAAAUGUGGUUUAUUUGCACCACUGUCGAUUCACAAUUUCAUUCAACAGUGCUUUGGAAAAUGAAAGUUCUGCAUGUCAGCUAUUAUGCUUUGACAUGUCCAAAAAGUAAGUUGAGUAAGUUUUCAAUGCAUAAAAUGUGUCCUUAAAUUUUGGAAUCAAGAAAGCACAAGGCAGUUUGUGUGUUUCUUCUUGUUAGAAGAUGCUGAUGAUGGUUUGUUCUCU